AUGCUCGUCAAGAGCAAGGAGGAGCUCUCUCACCUGGACGACCUGGAGGAGACUUUUGCAACCCUGAGAAAACACCAGAUGAAGUUGAAUCCAAGCAAAUGUGUUUUUGGGGUAGUCUCGGGUAAGUUCUUGGGAUUCAUGGUGUCCCAGAGAGGAAUAGAAGCAAAUCCAGAGAAGGUACGAGCUAUCAUCGACAUGGCUUCACCCAAGACCGUCAAGGACGUACAAAAACUUACAGGAAGGAUAGCAGCCCUGAACAGGUUCGUCUCUAGGGCCACAGACAAAUGCCUGCCCUUCUUCAAAACCCUCAAGCAGGCUUUUGCUUGGACCGACGAAUGCGAAGCAGCGUUCCAGGAGCUGAAGCAAUACCUGAGCAGUCCACCUCUCCUGAGCCCGUCCAAAGGAGGGGAGAAUUUAUACUUAUACCUGGCAGUGUCAGCCUCGGCAGUAAGCGCAGCCUUGAUUAGAGAAGAAUGCAAGAAGCAACUCCCGGUGUACUACGUCAGCCAAGCCUUUCAAGGAGCUGAGUUCAGGUACCCAAGGAUCGAAAAGAUUGUGUUUGCACUUAUAGUAGCCUCGCGCAAGCUCAGGCCGUAUUUCCAGUCAAAUCCUAUCCUUGUGAUGACGGAUCAACCAAUUAAAAAAUCAAUGAACAAACCAGAAGCAGCAGGGAGAAUGGUCCAAUGGGCAGUCGAACUCAGCCAAUUUGACAUCGAGUACCAUCCAAGAGCAGCUAUCAAGGCACAAGCUCUGGCUGACUUCAUCGCUGAAUUCACUCUGCCAGACGAAGAUGGAAUUACAGACGAAGUUGAUAAAUGGACAAUACAGACAGAUGGUUCGUCAGCCCAAAAGAGAGGGGGAGUAGGGGUCGUCAUAACCACCCCCGACGGAGAAGUGAUGAAAUAUGGGGUUCAACUGAAGUUUCCAGCCACCAAUAACGAAGCCGAGUAUGAAGGAAUAUUGACGGGCUUAAGGCUUGGGAAAGCUCUUGGGGCCAAAAACUUGUUAAUCCAGAGUGAUUCAAAGCUGAUAAUCGGACAGAUCAGUGGAGAGUACGAGGCAAAGGAAGAAAGGAUGCAGAAAUACCUUAAACUGACAAGGCAACUAACCCAAGAGUUCGACACCGUGGAGUUCGUCCAGAUACCAAGAAGCCAGAAUGUUGGGGCCGACGAAGUAUCAAAACUAGCGUCGUCAGAAGAAGGAAAGGCGAGCACAGACAUGACAAUAGAGAUCCAGAAACACCCGAGUAUUGAAGAGGUGGCGGCGUUCUCCAUCCAGAGCACAGGCACCUGGAUGACGCCCAUAAUAUCCUUCCUCCAGGAUGGGCACCUACCUCAGAAUACUGACGAAGCCAGAAAGGUGAAGAAGAGAGCAGCCAGGUUUACGAUCCUGAAUGACGUCUUGUACAAGAGAGGCUUCUCUAUGCCUUAUUUAAAGUGCGUCAACGAGGACGAGGCCAAAUACAUCCUGGAAGAAGUACAUGAAGGAAUCUGUGGCGACCAUGCCGGCUCCAAAUCCCUAGUAAACAAAGUGGUAAGAGCAGGAUACUUUUGGCCAACCAUGCAGGUGGACGCUGCUGACAUCGUCAGAAGGUGCGACAAAUGCCAACGAUACGGGAAUGUGCAGCGGCUUCCAGCAGAGAGAAUGACGACCAUAGCUUCCCCAUGGCCAUUUGCACAAUGGGGAAUCGACAUCGUCGGUCCUCUGCCCCAAGGUAAAGGUCAGUUCUCAUCCCCAGGGCAUCCUCAGGCAAACGGACAGACGGAAGGGACGAACCGGACGCUGCUCAAGAUUAUCAAGACCAGACUGGACGAUGCGAAAGGUGCCUGGCCAGAAGAACUACCAAAUGUCCUAUGGGCUUACAGAACCACCGCCAGAACCCCAACGGGAGAAACCCCCUUCAGGCUUACCUAUGAUACAGAAGCAGUAAUCCCAGUCGAAGUAGGGGUCGCAAGUAUCAGGCGUGGAACCUUCAACAAAGAGAUCAAUGACGACGAAUUACGACUGAACCUAGAUUGUCUAGACGAAGUGAGAGUCAACGCAUCCAGCAAGAUGACGAGGUAUCAAAGGAAAAUGGCCAAAUACUAUGACAAACGGGUCAAACUGAGACGCCUGGACAUAGGGGACCUCGUCCUACGCAGGACCACCAUGGCAACUAAAGACCCUACCCAGGGAAAGCUAGGUCCUACGUGGGAAGGUCCCUACCGAGUCAUUCACUACUCAAGACAAGGAAGUUAUCACCUGGAAACCAUGGACGGACAAAGGCUCCCUCGACCAUGGAAUAUUGAGCAUUUAAAAAAGUACCACCAGUAA